GUGACGUCGACAGUUACGGCGUGUAUAUAGUAGUGCAGCUCUGAACGUUUCACUGCCACCUCAUCGCGAGCAAUGUUGACGACGAAUAUGUAUUGAAAGUGCAGGAUUUUGCGGCAAGAAGUCGAGGUGCGACAGUCAUUUGUGUAUCUUCACUCAUAGUUCCUGCUGUUAGAUGAUCAUUGGAAAAAUGAACAAGAAGUGCGGAAUUUUCGGACUGCUGUUACUGUUCGUAGCUCAAGCACAAUGUAUUAUGUGGUAUCAAGAACCAAAUGCGAUCAAGUGCCUCAGAGAAGAGAUCCAAGGUAAUGUUUUGGUCGUCGGAGAGUACGAGGUUUCCGAAGUUUUUGGGCAGAAAGUCAACUUUGUGACAAGGGACUCUAAAGGACACAUCCUUGCUCAAAAAGAUGAUGUGCAACAAGGAAAAAUUUUUAAAUUUUCAUUUGUAACUGAAACAUAUGAUACUUUUGAAAUUUGUUUCACGUCUCAUGUUCCACAACAUCAAAGAGGAGUCAAGCAAGAAGUUACUUUGAAUGUCAAGAAAGGAAUCGAAGUCAAAAACUACGAGGGAAUUGGUGAAGCAGCCAAAUUGAAGCCUAUUGAAGUUGAAUUGAAACGGUUAGAAGAUUUAUCUGAAGCCAUAGUACAAGACUUUGCAAGGAUGCGUAAAAAUGAAGAGGAGAUGAGGGAUACAAAUGAGACAACAAAUUCGCGUGUACUGUACUUUAGCAUAUUCUCCAUGCUGUGUCUAUUAAGUCUUGCUACCUGGCAAGUUUUCUACUUGAGGCGUUUCUUCAAAGCAAAGAAACUUAUUGAAUAGUGAUCUUGGUACUUUAAUGACUUUUGCUGUGAGCCAAGUCUGGGAAGACUUGAUUGCAUGUCAUUUUUUUAAUGAACUGUAAUGUAAGUUUAUGGUGUGAUUGAAUUUUGAAAAAAAGGCUUGGUAUACAAGUUGAGUAAUUAUAAUUACAUAUAUUGGAGAAAUUUACAUUAAAAGAAGAUUGGUACAUCAUGUUUCAUCAAUCACUUUUGUACAAUCUGCCAUUUUUAAACAAUUUAUCAAUAAUAAAUAAUAAUGUUGUACAGUAAUUUAAAUCGUUUAGUUUGUUCAGAUUCAUUAUGUAUUCAAUUUUUACAGGACAAAGUUUUCUUUUCUGAUAUUGAUAGUGGCUUAGAAAACAUUGUGAGUUUUUUGUAUUCAGUUCAAGUUCAAAUGUUACAGUGCUAAAACUUUUGUUAACUGCAAUAAAACUGGUAAUUGCUUUC